AUGAAUAAAUUUUUGUGGGAUUUAACGUAUUUCCAACAAAGAGCGAUUCUUGCUCCAACUAAUGAAGUAGUGGAUUCAAUAAAUAAAGAGUUGUUAGAGAGUCUGCCUGGUGAAGAAAAGGUUUAUUUUAGUUUAGAUAGUUUAUGCCAAUCGGAGGAAGAAUCAGAGCUUAAUAUGGCGUUGUUUCCUCCUGAUGUGUUAAACAAUCUUCGUUUAUCUGGUUUACCGAAUCAUAAAUUAGUACUGAAAGUUGGUGCUCCAGUGAUGUUACUCAGAAACAUUGAUCAGGCAAAUGGAUUGUGUAAUGGUACACGUUUACAAAUCACGAAACUCGGAAAAGUUGUGAUUGAAGCAAAAAUAAUCACAGGGACUAAUAUAGGUCAUCAUACUUUGAUUUCAAGACUGAAGAUGACACCUUCAGAUAAAAGAAUACCAGUGAAGAUUUCUCGAAGACAAUUCCCACUUUCACUAUGUUUUGCUAUGACAAUAAAUAAAAGUCAAGGACAAUCAUUGGAGCGUGUUGGUUUAUAUCUUCCACGUCCAGUGUUUAGUCAUGGCCAACUCUAA